UGUUCCUCACCGAGCAAAGAGACACACAGAGAAGGACGAUAGCAUUCAAACUCUUCCACUUCCACAGAGAGAAAACAGAUAUAGUAAGGAGUACUGGGAACACUGGAAAUACUGGAAUACUGGAAUACUGGAAUGCUGCUGUUUCAACCUGGUACUGACUGCAUAUACUGAAAGAGAAUUUAAAAAGAGCCAUCACUCAAAGUGAAAGUAACUUUUAGGGAACUUUUUAGAACUACGGCUGACUUCUUCCUUGUUUGCACCGUCUGCCUACUGUGUUUUCUGCGUCUCUCAGACGGAAAAUGGCUUCUCGAUCAGAAGAAGAUUUCUGUUGUUCUGUCUGUCACGACAUCUUCAAAAAUCCUGUUGUGCUGUCAUGUAGCCACAGCUUCUGUAAAGACUGUCUGCAGCGCUGGUGGACAGAGAAACUAGUACACGAAUGUCCAGUUUGUAAAAGAAGAUCUUCAAAAAGUGAACCACCUUCUAACUUGGUGUUAAAGAACCUGUGUGAAACCUUCCUACAACAACUUUCUCUACAAGAGAAAGCACCUGCAGAGUCUGAAGCUCUCUGCAGUCUGCACUCAGAGAAACUAAAGCUCUUCUGUCUGGACCAUCAGCAGCCUGUGUGUGUCGUCUGUCGAGAUUCAAAGAUACACACCAACCACAGAUUCAGCCCUAUUGAUGAGGCUGCACAAGAUCACAAGGGGGAGCUCAGGAAAACCCUGAAGCCCUUACAGGAGAAACUGGAAAAAUUUAAUCAAGUUAGAGUUAACUGGGAUCAAACAGCAGAGCAUAUUAAGGAACAGGCCCAACAAACAGAGAGGCAGAUAAGGGAGGAGUUUAAGAAGCUUCAUCAGUUUCUACAAAAGGAAGAGGAGGCCAGGAUCACUGCUCUGAGGGAGGAAGAGGAGCAGAAGAAUUGCAUGAUGAAGCAGAGGAUUGAGGCUCUGAGCAAAGAGAUAGCAGCUCUUUCAGAAACAGUCAGAGUCACAGAGAAAGAGCUGAGAGCUGCAGACGUCUCAUUCCUGCACAACUACAAGGCUGUAAUGAAAAGAGUCCAGCAGCGCCCCCUGCUGAAUGAUCCACAGCUGAAUGAUCCACAGCUAGUGUCAGGAGCUCUGAUAGAUGUCGCCAAACACCUGGGCAACCUGACCUUCAACAUCUGGAACAAGAUGAAGGAGAUGGUCUCCUACACUCCUGUGAUUCUGGAUCCAAACACAGCUUAUCCAAACCUCGUCCUGUCUGAAGAUCUGACCAGUGCGAGAUAUGUGGAGACAAAGAGAGAGCUUCCUAAAAAUCCAGAAAGGUUUGAAUAUUAUGUCACAGUCCUGGGCUCUGAGGGAUUUGACUCUGGGACUCACAGCUGGGAUGUUGAAGUUGGAAAAAAUACAAACUGGGCAGUGGGUGUGACAGCAGUGUCUGUCAAGAGGAAGAUAGAGAUUCCUAGUGGAUUUUGGGAAAUAUGGUUCAGUGAUGGUAAAUACAGAGCGCACACUCCAUCAGUUACAGAUAGAUUUAUUUCAGUAAAGAAGCCUCUUCAGAGGAUGAGAGUGCAUCUGGAUUUGAACAGAGGAGAACUGUCAUUCUUUGAUCCUGACACUGACACACGCAUUUACACCUUCACAGACACUUUCACUGAGAGGCUGUUUCCCAGCAUUGGCACAUUAAGUACAGUGCCAUUGAAGAUAUUACCAGAUUGAUGGUCAUGAUGGUGAUGAGGCGUUAAUGUAUUGAACAAGAAUACCAUUGAUUUUGCUACUUAUUUGAAGCAAUAUUCACAAUAUAUCCUCUUUUCUAUUUUUAUCAAUCACCUGAUAUGUGAGUAGCUGUGAUUUUGCUGUCACUUUCUUCCCUUAGAAUAGAAAACAUUUUUGUACAGAGAAAGACAUUCUACAAGCUGGUUUUAGAAAUACACACUGACUGCAAAAUUGUACAUAAAACAGCAAGUUUUAUGUCAGCUUAGACAAAGAGUGAAUAUCCAAAAGUGUGUUGUUAUGUUCUCCCACUAAAUAGCGUAAAUGUAUGGAAGUUCAUUUGUGACAAAAUUAGUGGGUGGUGAACAGUCUGCAAAGUUAAAAUCUGAGAGUGUACAUGUAAAUUUGUAAGUGCACAACAUGUUUUAUCACAAGCAGGGACAGGGUUGUAAAUAUAGCAGAUGUUUUGCUCCUGUAAGAUAAAUUGUGUCAAAAGAUUUCAGUGUGUCAAAUCAAACUGCAAACACUCUUAUGUGCAUGCAAUCAUGAAUGUGAUUGUUAUAUAAAUCCAAGGAUGACUAUGUUAAAUUUAAAUUAUUGAAAUAAAAAUUCAAAAUUUGCUUC